AUAUGUCAUUCGUUUGUCAAAAAAGACAACUAAACAAAGUUGAAGACAGCCAUUUUGUACAACUUUUUCGAUUGUUUUUCAACUUUUUACGUGUUCCAACUAAUUUGUCGCUUUUGGAGUUACUCGGAUAUUUUUAAAUUUACUUUGGUGUAUGCAACAUGGCGGAAGAGCUCGACGUCGAGGCGAUGUUAGAGGCCCCCUACAAGAAGGCGGAGGAGGUGAAUGGAAAGUCGAGGGAGAAUGGCACCGUCAAGCACAGAUCUUCAGACAAGAGGAGGAGCGGUACCCGUAGUCCGGCCCGAUCCAAAAGGAGUAGAAGCCGCUCGAAGGACCGGAAGAAAUCCGGCAGGGAUGACAGACGGAGGAGUCGCAGCAGAGAACGGAGGCGGUCCCGCGAUCGUCGCAGGACGAAAUCCAGAGACAGGAAACCGUCUCGGUCCAGAGAUAGAACGUCAAGGUCCAAGGAUAGGCGGUCGAGGUCCAGGGACAGGGACCGUAGGCGGUCUAGGUCGAGGAACAGGACAAAAUCCAGGGAGAGAAGGGAUAGGGACAGGGUGAGAAGAAGAAGCCGGGAGCCUAAGCGCAGCCGCAGCCGCGACCCGAAGCGCAGCCGCAGCCGCGACAAGAAGAGCCGCAGCAAGGAGCGCAAACCCUCCUCGCCACCUCUCGCCGCCCUGGUGAAACCUCCCUUCGCGCGUCGAGGUACCCGCUCCCCUCUAGGCCUGCGCGGGCAGAGUCCCCUCGAAGAACUGAGUCCGGAGGAGCGCGACGCGAGGACGGUGUUCUGCAUGCAGCUGUCGCAGCGCAUCCGAGCCCGCGACCUGGAGGAGUUCUUCAGUUCGGUGGGCAAAGUGAGGGACGUGAGGAUGAUCGUGUGCAACAAGACGAGGAGGUUUAAGGGGAUCGCUUACAUCGAGUUUAAGGAUCCGGAAAGCGUGGCUUUGGCUUUGGGACUCUCAGGUCAAAGACUAUUGGGCGUGCCUAUCGUGGUUCAGCAUACACAAGCUGAAAAGAAUCGUUUAGGUAACGCCAUGCCCAAUCUUUUACCUAAGGGUAUGACUGGACCGAUGCGGUUGUAUGUCGGAUCUCUACACUUUAACAUCACAGAAGAAAUGUUGCGAGGCAUAUUCGAACCGUUCGGUAAGAUCGACAACAUCCAACUGAUUAUGGAUCCAGAAACCGGAAGAUCAAAGGGUUACGGAUUUAUAACAUACCACAACUGCGACGACGCCAAGAAAGCGCUCGAACAACUGAACGGUUUCGAACUGGCCGGCCGGCCCAUGAAGGUGGGCAACGUGACGGAACGCAUCGACCUCCAAAGUCAAGGCCCCUCCCUCCUCGACUCGGACGAGCUGGACCGCUCCGGCAUCGACUUGGGCGCCACCGGCCGCCUGCAGCUCAUGUUCAAGCUGGCGGAGGGCGCGGGCAUGCAGGUGCCCCAAGCGGCGGCCAACGCGCUGAGCAUGGCCACUGGGCAGCCGGUCGUGCCGCAGGUGCCGACCAACUCGACGCCGCCCAUCGCCACGCAGUGUUUUAUGCUGAGUAACAUGUUCGAGCCGGCGACAGAGAGCAACCCGACGUGGGACAUCGAAAUCCGCGACGACGUCAUCGAGGAAUGCAACAAACACGGCGGCGUACUCCACGUCUACGUGGACCAGGGCUCGCCGCAGGGCAACGUCUACGUCAAAUGCCCCUCCAUAGCCACGGCAGUGGCGUCCGUGAAUUCCUUGCACGGCCGGUGGUUCGCUGGCAGAGUUAUCACAGCGGCGUACGUUCCUCUAUUGAACUACCAUUCGCUAUUCCCCGACGCUAUGACUACGACACAGCUGUUGCUACCGUCGAGUAAGAAAUAAGAAGUGGUGUUUACCCGCAUGUGGUAAAUAUGACGCGAUGUAUUGUAUCAAUAUUGUACACUUAGCGGGUCGCAAAUUGGAGCAACACGCGAUAUUUUCGCUUUUUGAAAACAUACUACAAUGUUGCCUCGCACACUGAAGCAACGCAAUAUUGUCUUUGGACUUGUGCGAGACAACAUACUUUGAUCUUUAGUUUGGUGUCAAUGGGCGAUAAUAUAUCGCAUAUUGCUGGUUGCUCUUAUUGUCUGUUGCUCCAGUGUGCGACUCCACUUUCUACCAAGAAGCAUGUAGAUAUAUGAUUAUAUUUUUCAGAGUAAGUUCGUUAAUUUUUAGGGUAUAUUGUGUUAGUUCUUUUAAGGUAUUUUCAUGUAUAUUUUGUCCACAAUGAAUGUAUCGUUAAAAAUUAUGUUGUUUUU